AUGGCAAAUAAUUGUUUAGAUACUCGUUUUAACAAAACGAAAUGCCGUUCGAGGAAGGGACCACUGUUUCGAUCAUGGAUUUGGUGCAUUUUGGUGAAGUGUUUUCUGAGUUUGCCUUGUAUAUUUUCGAAAUGCCUAGGAGUGGACAUCACAGUUGCCGUAUACCCUCAAGGUGACGUCAGUGUUCUUUAUGGUGAACCAUUGGAAAUAUUUUGCGUUGCUGAAAAUUAUUCCUCAGAAGACAUCGAAUUUACAUUAGCUGGAAAACCUUUUCCUUCUACAAUCGUUAACAGCACAACAAGGAGACUGUAUAUUGACAAGCCUGAAAAGCAAGUAAAUACUUACUAUUGUAAGAACAAGAAAACUAAAAAAAUUUGUACCAAUCGUGUACUAGUUGAUUCGCCUCCAGAAAACAUAACUGACUUUAGUUGUCUCUCUAAAAAUCUUGAGGUUUUAAACUGUUCAUGGACUUCACCAGAUUCAUAUAGUAACAUUAAUUAUUCUUUAACAUUUUUAAUAAAUGGAAACUCUGUGCAGCCUUGUAUUGCUAAGAAAAUUGAAAAUACUAGGUAUUGUACUUGGAACACCAGUAGCCAGCCUCGGUAUAGACAGCAAGAGGAAGAAUUUUAUUUCAAUCUAAAGUCCUGUAAUGUAUUUGGCUGUAAUGAACAAAAUUUCACUGUGGAUCAUUUUUCAGUAGUGAAACCUGACCCUCCAGCAGACUUAAAAGUACUAAGUAAUGGUACACAUAGUGUUGUUUUGCAAUGGAGUAUCCCCAACAAUGUUGUGGAUUUGUUGCCAUGUGGAGUGGAACAUAGAAUUGAAUAUCAAAUAGCUAAAAUUGAUAAUACUGCCUACUUCCACAGUGUUGAUGCUUCAUUUCUGCCACCUAACAACAAAACAUAUAGAUUCCAAUUAACCAACUUGCCUUAUGCUCAUAUGCAGUAUGAAGUGCGUAUAUAUAUCAAAUCAAGGAAAGCUGUAAGUGAAGAAUUUUGGUCAGAAUUCAGUUAUAUAGUAUUUUAUACAGCUAGUGAAAGGCCUGGACGGCCACCGGAAAUGACCGCAGGGGGGUUUGAUCAAGCCACAUACAAUAACAAAAGAGUUAUCUAUGUGUACUGGAAACAGUUGGAGGAAUAUGAGGAGGCUGGAGCAAAUUUUACUUAUAAAGUGCUUAUUUCACAAGGAAGUAAAACACAGACUUUGUUGGCUGACAAAAAUAAAAGCUUAAGCUAUGUUUUUCUUGAAGUUGCGUCUUUAGAUGCGAUGGAAGUAUCAGUUUGGUCCCUUAAUAUGAAUGGACCAUCUGUUAACAGUAGCCAUCUGUAUAUACCACCUGCAAGAGACACCCAUUCAUUAGAUAUCACUUCAUUCACUAAACUUGCAUAUGAAAAUGGCACAUAUGAACUGUCGUGGGUUGGUAUUGAUAAAAUAGAUAACUAUACACUGUUCUGGUGUCAUCAUAACACCACUAAAAUAUGUCAUGGUCGUUUGAAUUUCACAGUGUUAGAACCUAACAAAAGCAAUCAUGUCAUUGAUCUGCCAAGAGAUUACAGAUACCAGUUCGCUAUUUCAGCUAAUAAUGGUACAAAAACCAGUGGAAUGAUAUGGGCCAAAUGUGAUAUCUCUAAAGAUGGGAUUGCAAUGUAUGGAUUUCCAGUACAUUUGAAAUAUGAUGCUCCUGGUAAAUCAUUUGUUAAACUAAGGUGGUUAAUGGAUUGUGCGUUGCAAGAUGGAAUCAUUACGGGUUAUAAUAUAACAUACUGUCCAGUGAUCAGAACAAGUAGCCUGUGUGAUGCGAGUGUGGGGAAUCAAUCCGUGUACAUCUCUGAUCCCACUAAGAUGGAAAUCAACAUAACAAACCUGCUUCCAUUCAGAACCUAUCAGUUUACUAUUGCUUUGAAUACAACAUAUGGCUUAAAGACCAUAGAAAAUGCUACAGCUGUUAUCACAACAUCGGAGGACACUCCAACAAGUCCCAGAAACAUAACAAUAUCAGAAGUAAAAAAUGAUUCUUUGGUAAUAUCUUGGGAUCCUCCUCUUCAUAGGAAUGGGAUUAUUGGUAAAUAUGUCAUUUAUAAUUAUGGAAAGGAGUUCUAUGUAGAUAAGGUGUCGGGAACUGACACAUCCCGAAGGCAAGUCACUCUUACAGGGCUUCAGGGGUUUACUAACUACUCUUGGACUGUUCAGGCUUGCAAUGUACCAAUAGGCCUAUGUUCUAAAAUUGGUAGACAUGAAGGUAUAUUUGUGAGGACAAGAAUUGGUCCACCUAGUAGGUUGAAAGCUCCAACUGUAAAAAAUAACCCAGACCUUCUUAAGUGGGAACCUCCCGAAAUUCCAGGAGGUACUGUAGAUUACUAUCAAGUUAGAAGAAUCAAAGAUGAUUUGGAACCUGAAAUUAUGAAUGCUACAGAUUUGUCUUUUUCCUUAGUGCAUUGUGAAGGAGUAGUUGUUAGUGAAACCUAUCAAGUUAGAGCCGUCAAUUGUGAUGAGGAUCCUGAUCAUGGGGCGCUUGCAGACAAAGAAAAUGUGAAUCUUACCAACCAAAAGGAUCAAAGUAGCAAUGUGUAUUAUGGUGAAUGGAGUGAACCAAGUACUGUAGCCUGUCGAAGCAGAGAUGGUUUGGCUAUGACACUUAUUUUGAUGACUGUAUUUGCACUCAUUGGCAUAGUAUACUGCUCAAUCAAAUUAUAUAAAAAAUAUAAAAAAAUGGAGGAUAUUAAACCUGUUUUGCCCAAUGGCUUAGGUAUCCCUGAAAAAGAUAUAUCGAAAUACACAUUUGGUGGUUGGAAUCCAUCUAACAAAGAUGAAAAACCAUCCUCUGAUGAAGUGUUACUUCUUCCCAGCAGUAAAACAACAGUAUCGUCUACAGAUACUAAACAGAAGAGUAAUGACAACUGUGGUGCAAGUGACCAUACAGACAGUACUGCGUUAUCGGAUUCAUCCCGAGGACCUGUAGACAGGCAAGCUUCAACAUCGGAUGAUGGAUCAAAUUCCUCUUUACACAUGGAAGUUGAAACAAUUAAAGAUGACGAUAAUAACACUCAUCAAGAAGAUCCAAAUGAUGAUAUUGAAAGCUUCAGAGAAAAUUCUCCAUAUUAUAGCGAUAAAGCUUUCAAGAAAGAUCCUGCAAGUGGCUAUGUACAACCAGUAGUGAACCCAGCAACUGGUUAUGUGCAAUCGGCGCCAGCGCCUCUAAAAAACCUACCACUCAACACCGCAGAUAAACCUGCAAGCUCCAGCUACGUCAUGGCUGGUCUAACACCACCAAUAUUUACAACUGGUGUAUCGCCAUCGAGUGCACCAGGUCAACCACCGCCUUCAUCAGGGUAUGUGCGACCCGAAGAUGCACAGCCAAAAUCUAUGUUGACUAUCCCGAAGCUGGGAGCGACACCUACAAAGUUGCUUGGGCCGGAGAGCUUGCCGACGAUGCCCACCUUGCCACCGCCCGUGAAAACCGGCGCGGACAGUAGCUACAUCCAGUUACAGUCUUUGGAUGCCAUCCCUAGUCUUAAAUCAAGUGUAAGAAACACAGUGCCUUUAAAGCCGUCUGCUGCGAACGGUUACGUGAGUCCCGGAGAUGUGGUAAUAAAUAAGCAUUUAAAUAACAUGUUGUCUGCGGGACAAUUAGCCGAGGAGUCCGCCAUAUUAGACCCGACGAUGUCGCCCGAUGCCUAUUGUCGCUUCUCGUGGAGCACUGACCCUGCCAACGACAAUCUCCACUCGUUACUCGCCGAUGCGCCGACGUUAAACUCUAAUAAGAAUUGA